UCUAUGACAGCCGCAACCACUAUCUGUCAUAAAGAUAAACUACUCUGUUUCUGUCCAUGGUUGGCUCUUCAUAGAUUCACAGAUCUAUCUGAGAUCAUUUUAUCCUUUAGAAUCUCUUUUUCUGUUUGCAGAGAGAUGCUUACAACGGCAGCAUCGUUGUUUCUAGUGGGUGUUGUGAUAUAUGCAUAUAAAAGCACAAAGCCUCCACCUCCCAAGAUAUGUGGAACACCAAAUGGUCCUCCUAUUACUUCACCAAGAAUUAGGCUGAGUGAUGGAAGGCAUUUGGCCUACAGAGAGAGGGGUGUUCCUAAGCAAAAUGCCAAGUACAAAGUCAUCGUUGUUCAUGGCUUUGACAGCUCCAAAGAUAUAUAUUUGCCUCUCUCUCAGAAAAGGAUGGAGGAGCUGGAUGUGUAUAUACUAUCGUUUGACAGAGCUGGAUACGGUGAAAGCGAUCCCAACCCAAAGCGCUCGGUGAAGAGUGAAGCACUUGAUAUUCAAGAACUGGCCGACAGAUUGGAUCUUGGCUCCACCUUCUAUCUCAUUGGAAUGUCUAUUGGAACUUACCCAGUUUGGGCUUGCCUCAAAUACAUACCCCACAGGCUAGCUGGUGUGACUCUUGUGGUUCCAGUCAUCAACUUCUGGUGGCCCUCUUUUCCUCCCAAACUGGUCAGUGAGAACUACAAGAAGCAACUAAAGAGAGACCAAAUGAAACUGCGCAUAGCACACUUCGCCCCUGGACUUGUCUACUGGUGGCUGACCCAGAAAUGGUUUCCCUACUCUUCUAUCUUGCAAAGGCACCCUAUUCUUUUUAACAAACGCGACUUGGAAACUAUACAGAAAAUGUCCAAAGUACCAAUGCCUGAUGAGCACAAGGUGCGACAGCAAGGUGUGUAUGAAUCCCUCCAUCGAGACGUCAUAGUGCAUUUUGGAAACUGGGAAUUCGACCCGAUGGAGCUCCAAAAUCCAUUCCCUAAUAAAGAGGCCUCUGUCCACCUCUGGCAAGGCCAUGCAGAUAAGCUUGUGCCGUAUGAACUGCAACGAUACGUGGCGAAGAAACUUCCUUGGAUAAGGUAUCAUGAAGUUUCCGAUGGUGGUCAUCUAAUGAUUCAUGAGGCUGGUUUGUGCGAGGCCAUGUUCAGGGAACUUUUACUUGGAGAAGAACCCUCUAUCAUAUAGGUCAUGGUUUUGUAGGUUGUGCUCCUACAUCAUGUGUAUUGUGGCCAAUUUUAUUUAUGUAGUAAAUUUCAGUUUUGCA